AUGUUGGACUUCUCUAGAAUUGAUAUUUCUGGUUUGCCUGCCACGAUUGUUCAUCUCUCUCACCUAGAAGAGUUACGUGUCCAGGAUUGUAGGGAUCUUACGGGUGAAAUCCCAGAUGCAAUUGGUGGACUAUCCUGCUUGAGGAUCUUGGACUUGUCUAGAACUGGUAUUUCUGGUUUGCCUGCCACGAUUGCUCAUCUCUCUAACCUAGAAGAGUUACGUGUCCAAGAUUGUAGGGAUCUUAUGGGUGAAAUCCCAGAUGCAAUUGGUGGACUAUCCUGCUUGAGGAUCUUGGACUUCUCUAGAACUGAUGCAAUUGGUGGACUAUCCUCCUUGAGGAUCUUGGACUUGUCUAGAACUGGUAUUUCUGGUUUGCCUGCCACGAUUGCUCAUCUCUCUCACCUAGAAGAGUUACGUGUCCAGGAUUGUAGGGAUCUUACGGGUGAAAUCCCAGACGCAAUUGGUGGACUAUCCUGCUUGAGGAUCCUGGACUUGUCUAGAACUGGUAUUUCUGGUUUGCCUGCCACGAUUGCUCAUCUCUCUCACCUAGAAGAGUUACAUAUCCAGGAUUGUAGGGAUUUUACGGGUGAAAUCCCAUAUGGAAUUGGUGAACUACCCCGCUUGAGGAUCUUGGACUUCUCUAGAAUUGGUAUUUUUGGUUUGCCUGCCACGAUUGCUCCUCUCUCUCACCUAGAAGAGUUACAUAUUCAGGAUUAUAUGGGUCUUAUGGGUGAAAUCCCAAAUGCAAUUGGCCAACUAUCUCGCUUGAGGAUCUUGGACUUCUCUGGUACUAAUAUUUCUGAUUUGCCUACCAUGAUCACUCGUCACCCUCACCUAGUAGAGUUACGUGUCCGGGAUUGUUUGCAUCUUAUGGGCAAAAUCCCAAAUGGAAUUGGUGGACUAUCUAGCUUGAGGAUCUUGGAAUUCUCUAGAACGGAUUGUAGGCAUCUUACGAGUGAAAUCCCAGAUGCAAUUGGUGGACUAUCCCGUUUGAGGAUCUUGGACUUGUCUAGAACUGGUAUUUCUAGUUUGCCUGGCACGAUUGCUCAUCUCUCUCACCUAGAAGAGUUACGUGUCCAGGAUUGUAGGGAUUUUACGGGUGAAAUCCCAUAUGGAAUUGGUGAACUACCCCGCUUGAGGAUCUUGGACUUCUCUAGAACUGGUAUUUUUGGUUUGCCUGCCACGAUUGCUCCUCUCUCUCACCUAGAAGAGUUACAUGUUCAGGAUUAUAUGGGUCUUAUGGGUGAAAUCCCAAAUGCAAUUGGCCAACUAUCUCGCUUGAGGAUCUUGGACUUCUCUGGUACUAAUAUUUCUGAUUUGCCUACCAUAAUCACUCGUCAGCCUCACCUAGUAGAGUUACGUGUCCGGGAUUGUUUGCAUCUUAUGGGCAAAAUCCCAAAUGGAAUUGGUGGACUAUCUAGCUUGAGGGUCUUGGAAUUCUCUAGAACUGGUAUUUCUGGUUUGCCUGCCACGAUUGCUCAUCUCUCUCACCUAGAAGAGUUACGUGUCCAGGAUUGUUGGGAACUUAGGGGUGAAAUCCCAGAUGGAAUUGGUGGACUAUCCUGCUUGAGGAUCUUGGACUUCUCUAGAACUGGUAUUUCUGGUUUGCACCGCCACGAUUGCUCAUCUCUCUCACCUAGAAGAGUUACGUGUCCAGAUUGGAGGGAUCUUACGGGUGAUAUCCCGGAUGCAAUUGGUGGACUAUCCCGCUGA